CUCCACAUAGCGAUGAAAUAAGAAAGUUGUAUUACAAAAUGGCAACGAUUGCAGGCCGUAGUUGUGUUUUCCUUAAUUAAAUUUCAUCAAUUGAAACGAUACUUAGUUCAUCGUCCAGUGUUAUUAUAACACAAGAAUAACAAUGAAGUAGCGAUACAACCGAGGUACAAAGCAAUAUGUAUAACGGUAUCGGAUUGCAAACGCCCCGAGGUUCAGGGACCAACGGGCACGUGCAAAGAAAUUGGGCGAUAGUCCGUAAGACUAAAGACAAAGUUUCGUACAAAACUGAAGAAGAACUACAGAAGUUGGACCAACUGAAUAAACAACCUAACAAAGAAAUCUUGGAUCAUGAAAGGAAGCGCAAGAUCGAAGUCAAGUGCGCAGAAUUUGCCGACAUUCUCGAGGAUCAAGGAUUUACUAGCGAGGAGGUCGGCGAAAAGGUUGAAUCAUAUCGCUCUAUGCUAAUGGGCAGCGAUAUUCAGCCCAGCGUUCCUCGUGACGAAUUUGGCCGCGUUAACGUUAGAGAAACACACCAAAUAGCCGAGGCACAACAGGAGAAGAAUGCAAAACUACGGGAGGCGUUUGGUAUCUCAGAAUUUUUUGUCGAGGGAAGCAGCCUGGAUCCUGAGAGACACGCACGAGAAGCCGAAGCGAGAGCAGCUGCUAAUAAAGUCUAUGAAUUAGUAAGAACACCGAGCCCAGAACCAAUCGCUGCUACAACGGUGCCCGAAAAGAAACGUAAGAGAAAACGUUCUAGAAGUAACUCAAAGAAGAAGAAGGGAAAGAAACACAAACGGGACAGAUCCGAGUCCCCGAAGGCGAACAAGAAGAAGGAGAAAGCUAAGAAAAAGAAAAAGGAAAAGAAACAUAAGAAAAUAGAAGUCUCUUCAUCCGACAGCGAUUCCUCGAGCGAAGAUUCGGACGAUAGCAGCUCCUCGGACAAUGAGUCUAAAAAGAAGAAAAAGAAGAAGAAGAAGAGGUCUAAAUCAGAUGGAAAAGAUAAGCGUGAGAAGAAGAAGGUAGCUGCGAAAAAGAAACAUCAGUCAUCCGACAGCUCUACCGAAAGCUCUCCAGAGCGACCGAAAAAGUCUUCAAAGCAUGACAAAGUGGCGGAAACAAUUCAAAAAGUAGACGAAGCUGAAAGUACUAGCAAAAGAACAGAAUAUUUGAGAAGAGAGUUGGAGGAACUUGAGAAGCGGAUAAAAGAGCGAGAACAGAAAGAGUUGGAAGCGCAAAACCAACUGAAAAAAGACAAGGCGGAGGAGAGAAUCAGGCGCAGGAGCCGUUCGACUUCUCCAAAGCAGAAGGAAUCUAGAAACAAAUCACCGAGGAGGCAGGAUAGAAUCGGAAGAGUUGGAACGAGGAACGAAUCGCCUCCACCUCCACCUAGGAGACCUAGAGAAUCGCCUGCUAAGAGGGUCAGUUUAGAAAAUCGUGACAAGUCACCGUUUGCGCAAAGAAACUCGCCCUUCCGUCGAAACAGGUCGCCGUCGAGGGGAAGAACCGAGAGACGUUCACCACGAAGACACUCUCGGCACCGACACGUAUCACCGUCGCCAAGAAGACAACGAUUCUCAGGAUCGAGGAGACAACGACGUUCGAUUUCACGAAGCAGAAGUCCAUCGAGGUACGAACGAUACAGUUCCAGGCGAAGACCCUCGCCACCCAGGCGUAGGAGGUCAGGAUCUCGGUGGAGGUCAAGGUCGCCACGACGAGGCAAAGAGAUAAGAGAGAAAUCUAAGGAUCGUAAAAGUCGCAGCAAGUCGAGAAGCCGCUCAAGGCGAUCCAGCCUGAGUUAUUCUCCGGUGCGUAGGAAUCCCGAACGUUAUAAGGAUAUUUUAGAAGACAAGAAAAAGGAGCAGAAGAAGAAUGACAGCGAAAAACAAAAGUCACGCUCGAUUUCACGGAAUCGAAAGGUUCAAACCAUCACCCCGAGAGUUAGUCUGCGCUCUUCGAGCGAAGAUGAAGGCGAUCUAGCUGACGACGAGCCAAAACAAGAGGACGAAGAGAGACAGAAGGAGUUGAACACUUUGAAACAGUUGCAAACAGGCUUGGCUGCCAAAGCCAGAGAAUCUUUAGGUAAAAAAGUAAUCAGCCCAGUCAAAGUAAAAGUCGAGAGGAAGGAUGAGAACGUUUUUGACAUCGCGCUGCCGGAUGAACCACCAAAAUUAGCUCAGAAAAUCAUCGGCCCUCUACAGGAAAGGUUCAAAUCUUUUUCACCGGAGCAAGCUACCGCUGCGAUAUCUCCACCCACAAGUAGAUCGCCUUCACCUGCUUUGCCCUUGACGAGAGCUGAAGCGGCUGUGAGAUUGAGGUCGCCCACAGAAUCUCCGCCUCCGGUGACAACUCAUUUUCUCCAAAGAGCGAUAAGGUCGAAAUCAAGAAGUCCUGUCAAAAAAAUAAACCGUUCACGUUCUGGAUCAAGGUCCAGAUCCCGAUUGAAAUCGAGAUCUAAAUCUGUUGAAAAAUUUGCCAAGAAUAAUCGUUCGAGAUCGGGAUCAAAGCACAGAAGUUCCAGGUCAAGUUCUACUUCUGUAUCGCCGGUGAGAGUGCGGCGCAAAUCGGUUUCCAAGUCUCCAAGACAAUCGAACAGAAUUUCACCGAAACCCGCGAAAUCACCGCCUCAAUCCAAGUCAGCGUCGAAGAGCAAAUCUCUGUCGAGAUCGCCUUCACGGAUCUCAGAUAAAUCUAAGGACGUUUCGCCAAAAAAUAUGUCUAUCUCUCGAUCCACCACAAGAUCACCGGCUUGUUUCGUUUCUACAAAGAUUUCUACCUCUCGAUCGCCGUCGAGAUCUCCGAUAAGAUUGCGAAAAAUUUCGCCUAGAAACAAGUCGUAUUCUAGAUCGCGGUCAAGAUCCUACUCGAGGUCACCAUCCAGAGAAAAGGGCCUCUCCAGGUCGCCCAGCAAUCAAUCUGCCGUAAUGAGAUCGACGUCCAGGACAAAGCGCUCGGUCUCCAGAUCGCCACAGAGAUCGAAGACAUCUGUUUCACCAGUUCUACAGAAGUCUAAAAGCAGGAGCAGAUCACUGUCAAAAAAAUCGAGAAGUCGCUCUUUGUCAAAAAAAUCUCUUAGUCGGUCACGAUCUGUUUCUAGAGAGUCUAGAAACAAGGCAAAGAGAAGUCACAGUCGCAGCAGCUCACGCUCUUCAAAUAGUUCUACUAGGCACAGUCGACGAAGCUACUCUAGUUCUUCUCGAUCGUCGAGCAGCGGUUCCAGCCGUUCGUCGCGCUCGAGUUCCAGCAGCUCUGCAUCAAGUAGAUCUCGAUCACCAUCAAUUCCACGUCGUCAUGGUUCACCAAGCUUUUUAGACAGACGUCGAAUCACCAGUGCUAGAAAACGACCAAUUCCUUAUCAUCGACCAACACCAUCGCCACCAUCUUCUCCCAGCAGUUCCGAAAGCAGUAGACAGAGCAAUUGGUCAAGUCCUCAUUCGAGCCGAUCACCCACUCGUAGCCCAUCGUACAGUCAUUAAGACACGUUGGUCUCUCGUUCAAAGGGUUCUAGAAAAAUCAGAUGUUCCUACGUGUAUACAAAAUUUAACGUGGUCAUACUUCUACUUGAAGAUUUAAUCGGGCUUUCUUAUUUAUUGACCCUUCGUUGUCAGGGAGAUUACAAUGUGAUUAUUAUUGUUUUAAUUAUUUUCUAUACGUUAUUUGCCAGAUUCUUGUACUAUUAGGUGAUGCCUUGUGCCUAGUACCUAUCUAUAACUAAUCGCGCAGAACAGACUUUGUCAAUUGUGUUUCGAGAGGCACACUUUUCC